AUGUUCGCCACGCGACAAACCGCCCGAGUCGCUUCGCGCUUUGCUGCGCAGCUGCGCGCCCCUGCCCAGCGACGCCUUGCGAGCUCGUCGACCGAGAACGAGUUCAUCAAGGAGCGUCAGCACAUCAAAGACCACGCCAGUGGGACGACAGAGCUUUGGAGGAAAAUUUCCAUCUACGGCGUCAUCCCCUGCCUCGUCCUCGCCGGAGCCAACGCUUACUACCUGUGGGAGGCUCAUUGGGAGCACUGGUCGCACAUGCCCCCUCUUGAGGAGCGCACCGAGUACCCCUACCAGAACAUUCGCACCAAGAACUACCAAUGGGGUGAUGGUGACAAGACCCUAUUCUGGAACGAGAAGGUCAACUACCACAACAAGGACAAGGUUGCGUAA